AUGUCCAAACAAUCGUAUAGGGUUUGCUUCUGCUUUCGGAGGAGGUUUAAGAUGACGGUUGCACAAGCACCAGAAGAUGUCAAGAACUUGUUUGAGAUGUAUUCUGAGAAUGGGUUAAUGAAUGCUGAUGGAUUGCACAAGUUCUUAGUUGAGUAUCAGAAAGAAGAUGAGACUACAACAGAUGAUGCUCAAAAGAUUAUUGAUGGUUCGAAACAUUUGCCUAAAAACUGUUUACAUGUUGAAGCCUUUUUUAGGCACCUCUUUAGUGAUACUAAUUCCCCUCAAGUUUCUCUAGGGGUACACCAUGAUAUGAAUGCUCCUUUGUCUCAUUAUUUCAUAUUUACCGGUCACAAUUCUUACCUUACCGGGAAUCAACUCAACAGCGAUUGCAGCGACGUCCCCAUCAUAAACGCACUUAAGAGAGGUGUGAGAGUGAUAGAACUUGAUAUAUGGCCAAAUUCCGAAAAAGACGAUGUUCAUGUUCUUCAUGGGGGAACUUUGACAGCUCCGGUGACGCUCCUCAAAUGCUUGAGUUCUAUUAAGGAGUAUGCUUUUGUUUCCUCGGACUUUCCCGUCGUAAUAACUCUGGAAGACCAUCUCACCCCGGAUCUUCAGGCUAAAGCUGCCAAUAUGAUCACCGAAACGCUUGGAGACAUCUUGUUUACUCCCGGCCCGGAAGUCUUUAAAGAAUUCCCUUCUCUGGAGACAUUGAAGAAACGCAUAAUCAUAUCUACGAAACCACCAAAGGAUUACACAGAAGCCAAAGAAGAUAAGGAUAAAGAGAAUGAUUCGAAAAGCGAUAAGGCCGACGAUGAAGUGGCCAUGAAAAAAGCCGAGCCGCACGAAAACAAGCCAAAGCAAAAAAAGGCACCGGAAUAUAAACGUUUAAUCGCCAUUCAUGCUGGGAAACCAAAGGGUGGAUUAGAUGAGUGUCUAGAAGUGGAUCCCGAAAAAGUGAGACGGCUUAGCUUGAGUGAACUAGAACUUGAAAAAGCUGCAGAAACUCAUGGAAAACAAAUAGUCAGGUUUACACAGAGGAACAUGCUUCGGGUAUACCCGAAGGGCAUACGAGUUGAUUCUUCCAAUUACAACCCGAUGAUUGCGUGGUUGCACGGAGCUCAAAUGGUCGCAUUUAAUAUGCAGGGUUGUGAUAAACAUUUAUGGUUGAUGCAUGGAAUGUUUAAAGCCAACGGGCAAUGUGGAUACGUGAAAAAACCCGAUUUCCUACUAAACACUAACGAAAUCUUCGACCCCGAAGUUAAGCAUUCAGAGAAAACGAUUUUGAAAGUAACUGUAUAUUUGGGGGAAGGAUGGUAUUAUGAUUUUGAUCAUACACAUUUCGAUUCGUAUUCGCCUCCAGACUUCUACGUAAAGGUGGGGAUUGCAGGGGUUCCAGCAGAUAAACAGAUGACGAAAUCAAAGAUAGUAGAAGAUAGUUGGGUGCCUAGUUGGAACCAGGAAUUUGAGUUCCAUUUAACCAUGCCUCAACUAGCUCUACUUCGGAUCAAAGUCCACGAAUACGACAUGUCCAAAAAAGACGACUUUGCAGGCCAAACAUGUUUACCGGUUUCCGAAAUAAGAAGUGGGAUCAGAGCAGUUCCGCUCAUGGACAAAAAAGGCGACAAGUACAACAACGUAAAACUUCUAAUGCGGUUCGAGUUCACCAAUCCAUCAUAA